UACAGGCUGGCAGGCAGGCUGGAGGAGCAAAGCGGAGAGGGGCGUCCUGACAGACAGCAGGAGGAGGAGGACAGGAGAACCUGUUCACCAACUUCUCACAAGUUUCGCUCCGAUUUUCUCCUCUACGGUCGCGUGAGCUCCUAACUCAGACAGAAGAAAAGAAAAGAGAAACACUCUCUAGAUUUAAGAAGUUGUAUUUUUCUUGGCGAUGUCUGGAUCGUACUGCAAAAGUUUGUACCCGUUCAGCGGGGAGCAGCACCAGCAGGGACUGAGCUUCGAAGCCGGGGAGAUUAUCAAAGUGGUCCAGGCUCUGCCCGGAGGCUGGUGGGAGGGAGAGAGGGAUGGAGACAGAGGAUGGUUCCCCUCAAGUUAUGUCCAGGUCCUGGAGAGAACUGCAUCUCUGAGUCAGCUCCCUGUUGAGGACCUCAGAGACCCGCUGCCUCCUCACUGGAGGUGCUACAUGUCUCCACAAGGGCGGCGAUACUAUGUCAACACCACUAACAAUGAGACGACAUGGGAGAGACCGUCUAGUACCCCUGGGACUCCCAAGAUGUCCAUUAGACACAAGAACUCCCUGCCAGCAGUGAAUGGAUUUCACUCAGGUGGCAGUCCUUUGCAUCAUGUGGAGCACUCACACAACAGUCUGGUGAGGAAGAGCAGUACAGAACCACAGAGCCCAGGAUCAACAUCACCCACCAGGAAACAGAACAAGGAGACUACAGUCACGAUUAACUGUGUGACGUUCCCAUCUCCUGCGUGCAUGCCAGAGCAACAGCUGUUGAAACCAAGCGAAUGGAGCUACUGCGACUACUUCUGGACUGAUAAGAAGGAUACCCAGGGCAAUGGCUGCAUUACAGGAUUUGAGGUUUUGCUGCAGAAACAGCUGAAGGGGAAACAGAUGCAGAAAGAGAUGGCCGAGUUCAUACGAGAGAGGAUAAAGAUAGAAGAGGAGUACGCCAAGAACCUCUCCAAGCUCUCUCAGAUCCCUCUGGCGAGCCAGGAAGAAGGGACUCUGGGGGAGGCUUGGGCCCAGUUGAAGAAGAGCCUGGCAGAUGAAGCUGAGGUUCACUUAAAGUUCUCCUCAAAGCUCCAGAGUGAAGUGGAAAAACCUCUACUGACCUUCAGGGAGAACUUUAAGAAGGACAUGAAGAGGUUCGACCAUCACAUCGCCGACCUACGGAAGCAGCUGGUCGGUCGCUACGCAGCCGUGGAGAAGGCCCGCAAAGCUCUCGCUGACAGACAGAAAGAGCUGGAGUUGAAGACUCAGCAGCUGGAGAUCAAACUCAGCAACAAAAUUGAAGAAGACAUCAAGAAGGCCCGCAGGAAAUCCACACAAGCAGGAGAUGAUCUGAUGCGCUGUGUUGACCUUUAUAACCAAUCUCAGUCCAAAUGGUUUGAGGAGAUGGUCACCACGAGUCUGGAGCUGGAGCGGCUGGAGGUGGAGCGAGUGGAGAUGAUCAGACAGCAUCUGUGUCAGUACACCACCCUGCGACAUGAGACAGACAUGUUCAACCAAAGCACGAUGGAGCCAGUGGACCAGCUCCUGCAGUGUGUGGACCCGGCCAGAGACAGAGAGCUGUGGGUGCGGGAGAAUAAGACGGGAGAGAUCAGGCCGGUGGACAUAGAGAUCUGACCUCAAUGCUUUCUGACGGCUCGGCACAUGCGCACUUUUACCCCCGAGCUCACACUCAGACACACUGACCCGGGAACUACAUGCCUGAGGACUGACUGAAAUCUGUGCUGGGAUCCUCACUGCCCCCCCCGCUGAUCCACUGGUGAGUCCUAACAGGCUGAGGGACGACCUGUCAGCGCUCGCUGGCUCUCCACAUCCCAACCGCAGCCUGGUGAGGAUCAUGUCAGAAUUUAGGGAGGUUAGUGAGAACUUCUCACAGUGAAUGAAGAUGUCAGAUUGCGACAGGAUGUAGUUUUCUGUCAAUGCAAGCCGAUGGCCGGCUGAGACGGAACAGGGAAAACGCGAACCAUGAGUGUGAAUUGUGAGGCGAAAGAUGAGGCGAGCGAUCAGGAAGCACGGACAAUGAACAUUUAACAUCUGUAAAUGUUGAACAGCUUUAUGUCAAGCGGCAACAUAAUGCUGCAGUCUGUGUGUGCUUUUGCUCCGUGAGGUUAUUCUCUGAUGCACUUGUGACUUCAGAACUGCGAGUUGCUGGCAAAAAUGAUUUAACAGAUGCUGCUAAGCAAGAUGCAUUCUGAUCUAAGAGUGUUAAAUUACUGUGUACCUGAAUAAGACUAAAGUUUUUUUUUAUACUAAUAUCCACCAUGUGCAGGUAUUGACACUUUGCUAAGUCCCACCCCCUUUUGUUACUGUUGCUACGCUUGUCAAGUUCACCGAUCUUACGGGUUUGUGGACUGAAAUGACUGAACUUUAUUGGACUAUAUUAUAAUUAUCUAUCUUAAACUCUGUCUCCAGCUGAUUUAGAGAAGUUUCCGUUUUCAAACAUGAAGCCUGCAAAAGGGUGUUAAAAAUGCACAUAAUGGACACAAACAUGAAGUUGAAAGCUAACAUGUCCCAUACAAUGAGUGAGCAUCCUCAACCAGCUGAUGAUCCAUUUAUUAUUAUUGUGUGCAGAAGAAAAUAUUGUUUUAAUCUAACUCGUAGGUAGUUUGGAUGCUUACUAUAGAAGUUAGGACAGUAUGUUUCAUUUUCACGAAAGAAAAAAGGAUGUACACAUGACAAGCAAAUGACAAGAGAUUGGAAAAUGUUUAGCAGGAGUGUAACUUUCCCCAAACAGCCUGUGUACAGGACAGGACACAUCCGCUCACGUUACUCUAAAUGUCGUAUGAUCUCAUGAAGUGGAUGUCCCAGUCAUGUAAUGUGUCCUGUAAAAUUACACAAUAAUAUAAUUAGUCAAUGAUAUACUCCUGAAGGUAACGUUAGAAAAGAAAAAUGCUAGCUAGUAACAUGCUAACAUUUGCAGAUUAAAGUAGAGCAGUAGAACGUGCUGUUUAAUCCAGUCUUGCUCCUGAAAAGACACCAGCUGGAGACUAUCACAUGCACACCUUUAACAAGUCCAAAACCUUACAGGCCUGUCAUGUCUAGCUACAGUUGCUAAGCUAUGAUUGUCAUUGAUUGACAUUCACUGUUUGGGGUCGGGUAUUAGCAAAGAAUUAAAAAUCAUCCAGAUGCACUUUAUACCCAAGUGAUUUUUAAGAAUUAUACUGUGCUAUGUUGCUGUUCACAUGAAAAUGUUUCUCAAGAGAAUUUAUUUGUUUUCUUACUGAAGUUGGGAGUGUGGUGAUUGUGUUCAUGGGCAGCCUGGUGUAAAUAUGGGUUGUGUGAUUUGCAAUGAAAGGAGGCGGUAGUACAGAGAGGUAAAUUGGAAUAGUUUACACAAAGACAUAUUGGGAUGCAGAAAUUUGGUACUGAUAAUACACGAAAAGUACAAAAUGUUUCAUAUGCAAUAGAAAUAACAGCCCUCUCCAAUAUUGUAGAGUUUUGGGAAUAUAAAUUAGUUGCUUCGGGUGGAUUCAGUGUCAGUGCUGCUGCCUGCAGAAGUUAAAUGUUGUACAAAAUGCUGUUUUACCACGACGUGUUGAUCAGAAUUACUGCUUAGUAUUACUUGACUAUUGAGAGAAGAGCAUCGAGAUGCUUUUGUACAUUAACAGCUAACGGUUGGCAUUUCUCAUUAAUAAAAUGAAAAUGUGUAGCUUGU